AUGCCGUUCGACGCAGCCAAGGGUGAUGCCACAAAUGGCGCCAAACUUUUCAAGACUCGUUGUGCGUUGUGUCAUACGGUUGAGGCAGGAGGUGCUAACAAAGUAGGGCCGAAUCUCCAUGGCCUAUUCGGUCGUAAAUCUGGCACUGUACCUGGCUUCACUUAUACAGCCGCCAAUCAACAAGCAGGAAUUAUUUGGAAUGAAAAUACUUUAUUCGAUUACCUCGAAAAUCCUAAAAAAUACAUCCCAGGCACGAAGAUGGCAUUCCCAGGAUUUAAGAAAGAGAAAGACCGAAACGACGUUAUUGCAUAUCUAAAGACUGCGACUAAAUGA